UGACAUCCAAAAGGCAAAAACUAAAUACUCCGUAAAUUAGAGGCGUUAGUGCGUUACAAAAAAUGGGCUAUCAGGCCCAAAUAAAAAAAUAAAUAAAAAAUAAAUAAAAACAGAAUACUGGAAUUGUGUCUUAUCCCACUUCUUCAAGGUAAAACAAUGGCGGUCCGCCAUCUUCCCUGGGCUGUUAAUGGCGGAAGACCGGCUAAAUUAACUGCUCGAAUGACAACUCCUGCUAUCCCAAAAGUAAAAUUUAUCCAAUUUAAGAAAUGGGUAUCUGAAGUUGGGUCCAAAUCUCUGAAACUUGCUCUUUCUAGCUCUCUUGCUCUUGCACUCUCUUUUAAUGGAGUUGAGUAUGCUGAAGCCAAAACAGGUGUUAAUAAACCUGAAAUGCUCCCUAAAGAAUACACUGCUGUUAUUGAUGUGGCUGGCUUCCUUUCUGCUGGGCAGGAAAAGAGGCUUGCAGAGGAGAUUGCUGACCUUGAGAAAGAUACAGGAUUCAAGUUGAGAAUCUUGGCGCAAAAUUACCCAGAUACGCCUGGGUUGGCUAUCAAGGAUUUUUGGCAAGUGGAUGAUAGAACAAUUGUCUUUGUUGCUGAUCCUACUUUUGGGAAUAUAUUGAAUUUCAAUGUGGGAGCUCAAGUUGAUCUUGACAUACCGCGUAGUUUCUGGAGUCGUUUGGCUGGGAAAUAUGGAAAUAUAUUCUACUGGAAAGAACAGGGAGAAGAUGCAUCGAUUGAAGCUGCCAUUAAUGCUAUAUCUUAUUGCUUAAGAGAACCUGUUGGUCCAAGUAAUUGCUCAGAGGUAAAAUAAAUGGAACGUUCUUGGAGACCUCAAGGAAGAAAUUCCCUGUUUUGAUAGCUUAAAAUAUUAAUAUUGUUACAUUAUUCUUUUGGAAGUUGGUAUGCUCAUAGAAGUUUCCUGUUUGUUCAUAGAAGUUUCCUUUCCCUGUGUAAUUUCAAAAUUCACAUACUACAAAUCACUACAUAAUAUAUAUGACUUGUAAAGUUCAUUUUAAACAAA